AUGUCUCGGGAUCAAGAGAUGAAGCAGGAAGCAAACAGGUGGGAACCAGUUGAUGCUCACCUUGUUAGAGAAGUACCUUCAGAGACUGAAGAAGACGUUUCAUCUCCUGCUGAUGUCAUUCAGAAGGUCAUCACUGAAGAGAAGCAUGUCCAAGAGAACGUGAAUGAAUCCAAAGAUGUUGGCAAAAGCGAAGAGACUGCUACAGAAUCAAAAGAGAAGGAAACUGAAGGAAAGAAACAAGAGGAAGCAAUAAUAGAGAAAGUAGUUGAGGUUGGAGAAACAGAAGAGAGCGAUGAGCAGAAACAACAAGCAGAAGUUGCUGUGAAGCAAAAACAUUCAAACAGUAUCAUGUCAAAGGUGAAGCAAUCCCUUGUUAAGGCAAAGAAAGGCAUCAUUGGAAAAUCUUCAAGCUCUAAGACUAUCACUACUGAAGAAUCCAAAGAAGAAACCAAAGGCAAGUGA